AUGAUCCGACGCACCUUCUCCCGUAUUACUCGCACGGACUUCCAGAUACUCUAUGGGGCCUACGUCAGACCGCUCCUGGAGUACGCCAACCAAGUUGUCUACUCAGGACGUACGAAAGACGUUACCCUCAUUGAGCGUGUCCAGCGGGCCGCCACGAGAAUGGUUGCCGGCCUCAAGUCCGUGGACUACGAAACGCGUCUCGCGAUGCUUGAUCUCUUUCCCCUGGAGUACCGUCGCCUCCGAGGGGACCUAAUUCUUACAUACGCCCUGUUUGAACAAAGCUUGGCAAACAGGUUUUUUACCGUUGACCCAGCAAACACCCGGCGAGGACAUAGUGAACGACAGCCACUGACCGACAAGAACAAAACCGACCCGGGAAACCUGGGCAAAAGCCUCGAUCCUGUGUAUCAAUCCGUGAAUCCUUUGUAUAAAUCCGUAGAUUCGACUGUGCAAGCAUCUUGCCACAAGUUCGCGCACAAGCCAGCCGGUCCUGGUCAAAAUGACGCAAGUUCGGAGCUAGGAAACCAAACCAAUUGCAAACCAAAACCAACCAUUGCAAACCAAUGCAAUCAACUCCGGAAGGUUAAGGUUUUGAGCCAAGAGGAAUGGAAACGUUUGAACGCAAAACUACAAGGUGAUGAUGCAGAGAACGCUAAGCUUGAGGAAAAACGACUGGCGAAUGAAAAACUCAGACAGACCUCCCAAGAAAUGGGUUCCAGACAGAAGAAGUUGGACGAAAGAGCAAAGCGAUUGGCUGACGAGGAAGCAGCACGAGUAGCGAUCGAUAUUGAAGAGGCCAAACUUCAAGCAGAACAGCGUAAAGCUGCGAUCGAAGAGGCAAAACUGAAAAUGUACUAUCAGACGGAUCAGAUGAAGCAACUGCACUCCGCUCUACUUCUCACCGAGGUUUUGCAGGAGCGCAACGCACAGUUAGAGCUAAAAGAGUUGUGCGAAAGAACCAAAGGAGAUAAAGAGAAAGUCUUGGUAGAACAGUGGAAGCGAGAAUUGGCCGAAGCGGAACGACAGGAACAAGAAAAGGUUGCCGCAAGGCGUGCGAAAAAUAUUCAGAUCGCAAACGAACUGAAGGAACAAAUAAAAGAACAUAUCGAGGCAAAGAAGUUGGAAGAGAGUGAAAAACUGGCAGAGCGUGAAAUGUUGCUGAAAAUUGCAGCAGAAGAUGAGGAGGAACGCAAACGUUUGAUUCAAAGAGAGCGGGUAUUGGGUUUGGAUUUGAACUCGGACUACAAAGAACAAAUGAAGAGAAACCAGAAAAUGAAGGAGAUCGAGCGUUUGAAGGAGGAGGAAGAGGAAGAACAAUGUCGGAUUUUUGCAGCGGCAAAACGAAAAAUGACCACAAUGCGGGUUCUGAAAGAGCGGGAAAUGUUUAAGGCCCGCGAAGAACAAAUGGAACGGAUUAAAAACUUUUUGUCUGAACAGUUGAAGCUCAAGUAUAAGGAUGAAGAAGAGCGUUAUGCACGUGCAUCUGCGGAGAAGCAAGAAACCGAAAAUUUGAAGGAAGCAGAAAAGGCCAAGCUGAGGGCACAGCGAAUUGCGGAAAUCAACGCACAUCGUCUUGAAGAAAUCCAGCGUCAUCGAAAGGAAGAGGAAGCGCAAAAACGAGCCGAAUUGGAGGAGGUGCGCAUACGCAACGAGGCUAUGCGUGCCGCAAAUGAAUAUGAGGCAGCGUGCCAAGCAGACAGGGCGGCCAAGCUGAAGGCUCUGAGUAAGGAAUAUAUGGAGCUGAAGAAACAACAAGACGACAGCAAGAAACUUGAACGCGAAACGGAAAUCCGACUUGCGGGUGUGGGAAAUAAGCUGGCUCAAAAAGAGAGGGAGAUUUUCCAGGAUUAUAGCAAACGUGUGAUUGAACAUUGCAAAGCGAAUGGAAGGAAUGUAUACCCAUUAGAGAGAGUCGCACGAGCCCAUUCAUUGCUUCGUCCGGACUUAUCACCUCCUGGAGGGGGCACUGGUGAAGACUUGGGAGAGUCCAGCAACAAUACAGGGAAGACAAACGGUCAACGAGUACAACAACAACGUUUGUAACCAAGACAAUGAUCAGAGUCAAUGCAUCAAGGGACGAUCCUUUUGCUUUAUCUGAAGUUAUCAGCCAUGUACAAGGAAAAUCCAUUUAGCCAAAUAAACGACAAACGCACCAUGAGUCUAG